CUCACGGUUGGUUGGGGCCUGCUGCAUGGAGCCCGAGCUGGAGCACGCACUGCGCAGGACCCUGUCCUGGAGCAGCCUAGGGGAGCCUGAGCACCAAGAGAUGAGCUUCCUAGAGCAAGGAGACAGUUCCUCAUGGCCUUCACCAGCCAUGACCACCAGUUCAGAAAUAAUCCAUGGGAAACGGGGGGCCAAGGCAUCAAGAUGGACGAGGCAGGAGGCUAUGGAGGAAGGAGAACCACCGGAUCUGGAAGAAGGUCCCCCUUCCAGGCCAGCUGCUGAGUCCACCGGGCUGGAGGCCACAUUCCCAGAAGCCACACCCUUGGCCAAAGCUGCUCCCUUGGCCCGGGUGGGCACCCCGCCCACAGGGUGGGAACUCUUCCCCCAGCACUCUGCAGCCUCAGCCGCCAGCUCCAGCACAGAUGAUCUGGAGGUGGCCAUGGAGUUCCCAGCCCCAGAAGCCUGGGGCUUCGAACUUGAAGGCCCUGGGGAAGAGAGGCCUGCCCCAUGCCCAUCGCCACAGGCUCCAUUACUCAGCCUGGGCUGGGAGGACGAGCUGCAGAAGCCUGGGGCCCAGGUCUACAUGCACUUCAUGCAGGAGCACACCUGCUAUGAUGCGAUGGCAACCAGCUCCAAGCUGGUCAUCUUUGACACCACGCUGGAGAUCAAGAAGGCCUUCUUUGCCCUGGUGGCCAAUGGUGUGCGGGCAGCACCUCUGUGGGACAGCAAGAAGCAAAGUUUUGUGGGGAUGCUCACCAUCACAGACUUCAUCCUGGUGCUUCACAGAUACUACAGGUCCCCCCUGGUCCAGAUCUAUGAGAUUGAAGAACAUAAAAUCGAGACCUGGAGGGAGAUCUACCUUCAAGGCUGCUUCAAGCCUCUGGUCUCCAUCUCUCCCAAUGACAGCCUGUUCGAAGCCGUCUAUGUCCUCAUUAAGAACCGGAUCCAUCGCCUUCCAGUCCUGGACCCUGUCUCUGGCACGGUGCUCUACAUCCUCACACACAAGCGGCUGCUCAAGUUCCUGCACAUUUUUGGUGCCCUGCUGCCCCGGCCCUCCUUCCUCUACCGCACUAUCCAAGAUUUGGGCAUCGGCACAUUCCGAGAUUUGGCUGUGGUACUGGAAACGGCGCCUGUCCUUACCGCACUUGACAUCUUCGUGGACCGGCGUGUGUCUGCCCUGCCUGUGAUCAAUGAAUCUGGUCAGGUCGUGGGCCUCUACUCCCGCUUUGAUGUGAUUCAUUUGGCUGCCCAGAAAACCUACAACCACCUAGACAUGAGUGUGGGAGAAGCCCUGCGACAGAGGACACUGUGUCUGGAGGGGGUUCUUUCCUGCCAGCCCCACGAGAGCCUGGGAGAAGUCAUUGACAGGAUUGCUCGAGAACAGGUACACCGGCUGGUGCUAGUAGACGAGACCCAGCAUCUCCUGGGCGUGGUCUCCCUCUCCGACAUCCUUCAGGCGCUGGUGCUGAGCCCUGCUGGCAUUGAUGCCCUCGGUGCCUGAGAAUACGAGUCCUCACUCCUAUCCCCUCACCUUCCAUACCCUGAAGACAAGGAAAGGAGCAGGGGACCCAGAUUUCAUCUUUCCCCAUCUGUUUGCCAAGUCAGCUCUGUUCCAGG